AUAUAUUCUGCUCUGCGUCUGGGUCUUGCUCGUGCUUGGCGCCGUGCAGCCGAAGAUCAGUCCAUGGUUCUCCGCGACGCGGUGGAGCAUCGAUCCCGGCAAGAAACAUGGGAACCGAUCAGCAGUCUUCCGUCAGCUGAACAGGAGACCUAUUUGAACGAACUAGCAGAAAUGGGUUUGAUCAGUAAACGUUCUGAUUUAUUGGGUCUACCGCUAACAGUCAGCACGUGUCAGCUGAUUCGUUCAUUGUAUCACUUUGUACAAAGUGGACAACGAUUGGACUGCUACGAGUUGGAACCGGUCCUCUGUCGUUGUGUGGCUCAAAUUUUACGUGUUCAGUUUGAGUAUUAUAUUCGCGCGUUGGCGAACCCUACACUCAGUCCUAAGCGUUCCACAAUCCUGGUCAAUGUGGAGUUUUUGACCGAACAAGCUUUGCCCAAGUUGGCGAAACACCUUAAUCUGAUGGAGUAUCGCGAAGUGCGCGGUCUAUGCGAAGAAUUGCGCGCUGCCGUUGCGUAA